UGCAUUGCGCGCUGCACACACGCACACGAUAACAAAGAUGGCGGCGGUGUUUCCUAGUUAAGCUAAGCGACUGUAUAACGUAUCCGGAUCCUUGUUGUAAAGAAAAGCGGCGUGGUUUCGUUGUGGUAGCGGGACUGCUUAUUGGCCAAGUUCUGUGGGGUCCAGUCCGCCCUGGGGUUCAUGUCACGUCAGUGAGUGUGAGUUGUCGACAGACAGACAGAAGAAGUGACAGCUCAGACCACAUUGCUGCGCCGCGAUGAAGGAGUCCUUCACUCUGGUGCAAAGACUCGUCGGCCACCCGGACUCCCGCUGCUGGUUCGUCAGCUGGAACCCGACCGGGACUCUGUUCGCCUCCUGUGGGGGCGACAAAACCAUCCGCAUCUGGGGUCAAGAAGGAGGCUCGUGGGUGUGUAAGAGCGUCCUGCAGGAUGGUCACCAGCGCACGGUCAGGAAGGUGGCCUGGUCUCCCUGUGGCAACUAUCUGGCCUCCGCGAGUUUUGAUGCCACCACUUGUAUUUGGAAGAAGAAAAACAACGACUUUGAGAGCCUGACUGUGCUGGAGGGGCAUGAAAACGAAGUCAAGUGUGUGGCGUGGGCCCCGUCAGGGAACCUGCUGGCCACGUGUAGCCGGGACAAGAGUGUGUGGGUGUGGGAAGUGGACGAGGACGACGACUACGAGUGUGUGACCGUCAUCAACUCUCACACGCAGGAUGUCAAAGAUGUGGUCUGGCACCCCACACAGGAACUGUUGGCUUCGGCCAGCUACGACAACAACAUCUGUAUUUACAAAGAGGAGGACGACGACUGGGAGUGUAAGGCCACGCUGCACGGUCACACGUCCACCGUGUGGAGUCUGUCCUUCGAUGCCACGGGGGAGAGGCUGGCCUCCUGCAGCGAUGACCGCACCGUCAAGAUCUGGAGGGAGAAUCCACAGGAGGCAGGUGACCUGUCAUGGAAAUGUGUCUGCACACUGACGGGGUUCCACAGCCGCACCGUGUACGAUGUCGCCUGGUGCCGCCUCACUGGAGUCCUGGCGACAGCUUGUGCAGAUGACGCAGUCAGAGUUUUUAAAGAGGAUGAGAGCUCCAGUCCAGACCAGCCGCUUUACUCCCAGGUGGCCCAGGUCCCCAAAGCUCAUGCGCAGGACGUCAAUUGUGUGGCGUGGAACCCCAAAGAAGCAGGGCUCCUUCUGUCCUGCAGUGACAGUGGGGACAUCGCCAUCUGGAGGUUCCAGGAGAACUGAAGGUUCUAGUGAAACGAGAAAGUGACCAAAUCCACACGAGGAGCUACUUGAAGAUGAGCAGUGCACCACUUCUCUUCUAUAUGAAUAAAUUUCAUUCAAACAAUGUCAAUUCUCU